CCCAAACAACAAAAUCCAAAAAAAAAAAAAAAGUAUAGUCGUGUUGUAGUAGUAAAAUGAAUCAACAAAAAUUGCUAUAAACAAUUCCAUUUCCAUUUUCCACCCACAAAUUCUUGAAAAACAAAAAUAAAAUAAUGUCCACCAACACCUUAAACUCCAUACACCACCACUACCACCGCUCUCUCCGGCGGCGCCACUCCCUAGACUCCCCCCGCGCAACCUUAUUCCUCCGCCGCACCACCACCACCGCCACCACCUCGCUCUCCCACUCCUGGACAUCCUUCGCCGCCACCUCCGCCGCCACCUCCACCCCCACCACCGACCCCUCCACCUCAAAAUACUCAACCUCACUAGACCUCCUCCGGCAGCACCUCGGCGGAAAAGACCUCCGGCAGGCCGACGAGGAGACCCGGCGCCUGAUCAUCGCCCUCGCCGGCGAGGCCGCCGUGAAGCGCGGCUACGUGUUCUUCUCAGAGGUCCAGUUCAUCCCCGCGGAGGCGCUCCGGGAAAUUGACUCCCUGUGGCGGCAGCACAGCGAGGGGAAGUUCGGGUACAGCGUGCAGCGGAGGAUUUGGAAGAAAUUGAAUAGAGAUUUCACGUCGUUGUUCAUCAAGGUUGGGUGGAUGAAGAAGCUGGAGAGCUCGGAGGUGGAGCAGUACAAUUACAGGAGCUUUCCGGCGGAGUUUACGUGGGAGAUGGAGGAGGGGCCGCCGGAGGGGCAUCUGCCGCUGACGAAUGCGCUGCGAGGGACGCAGCUGCUCAGCUGCAUUCUCAGCCACCCGGCUUUUGACGGAGAAGAUGAUGAGACUCAAAGUGAUGAUGAGAGAGCUGUUAAGCCAUUGAGUAAGAGACCCACUCCCUUCCAAACUAAUUACUCUUUCUGAUUUAUGUAAUCCCCUCUUCAAUAUAAUGCUUUUAUAUAUAAAAGGAUUCAAUAAAUUCAUUA